AUGUCGUCUUUUGCAUUUGAUCAUUGUCCUGUGGAAAUUCUUCAUAUGAUAUUUGAAUAUUUAUCUGGAAAUGAAAUUCUUCAUUCAUUUGUUGAUACAAGUCUUUAUAUGAAUAAGAUUUUGAAAUCUUAUGACAAAUACAACUUUGAUUUGACAAGAAUAACAAGACAAGAAUUUGAUUUCAUAUUCUCAUAUAUUUCAUUGAAGAGAUUGUUUUCAAUAAUUUUAUCAGAUGAAAAAUUAACUGGUGGACAAAUUCAACUUUUUCUUUCACGUUAUUCUUCAUCAUUUCAUCGUUUUACUGGUCUUCGUUGUUUAACAUUUCGUCAUAUGACAAUAGAUCAACAGAAAUAUCAGUUAAUUCUUCGAGCUUUUCAACAAUUACAAAAUUUACGUUUAUUAAUUCUUGAUCAAAUCAAAUUAAUGAAUAUUCACGAUGAAUUUACAGAAGGUUUUAAUCAACUUAAUGAACAUUGUUUAGUGAACAUCAUCGAAUCACCGCACUUAACUUUAAUCCCAUUAAAAACUCGUUUACAAUAUUGGAGUAAUUCAUACGCUAUUCGACACCGAGAGUUUCUUUCCGAACAAUGGUCUCAAGUUCGAACAGUUAAAUUCAGUGUGCUUUCUGUAUAUGAAUUCCGUAUUAAUGACUUCUUGUCUGCAUUACCACGAUUAAUCUCAUUGGAUAUGAACACAGAAGACAGAGAAAAGAAAAGUUUUCUGGUUAACUUUGAUCUUGCACCAAAUUUGAGACGAUUGACUUUUCCAUUUGAUGAAUCAUUUACUUAUUUAACUACAAGAACUGGUUUAAAUACAUUAAAGUAUUUAAAACAACUUGAAAUCAAAAUUUACAAUUGUAAUGAUCCUUUGUUUCUCAAUGGGAAUCAAUGGGAACGUUUUAUAAGGAAUGCAUUUCCUUAUUUAUCAAAAUUUGAUUUUAUUUGUCAUAUUCCCGAUGAAAAAAAUCUUUCAUUGGAUUCAUUUCGAACUCGAUUUUGGUUCGAAGAGAAAAAAUGGUUUGUUGCAUUAACAAAAUAUAAGAAAUUCGACGGUUUGAAAUUAUUAACUGUGCCACAUUUCAACAAUGACAUGGAAAUUUCGCGCACAAUUAUUGAAACAACAUUACCUUCGUGUAACGAUCUUAAUCUAAAUAUUCGCGAUUUUCAUGAUGAAGAAAAUCAUUAUGAUAUUCCAUUGUGUUUUAAUCGUUAUGAACAUAUUGAACGAUUUCAUUGGGAAAAGAUUUCAUCUUUUGCAUUGAAAUUGAAUCGCAUUUGCAAUUUGAAUUCAGUGAAAAUCGUGAUACUUCCGACCUAUUGGAUGUCGUUCGAAGAUGAUUUUCAAAAAGUUUUGUAUCUUUUGGAUUCUAUGCCAAAUGUUUUUAAAAUCGUUUUUUCCGAAUGGCCAUAUAUGAAAUCCUAUUCAAAUCUCAAAUGUGCAAAUUCAAGAGUCACUUCGAUCGAAUUACCAUAUCUAUUCAAAUGUACAAUCCAUAGUGACUAUUCAGAUGCAUUUAAAGGAAUCUUUUUCCAUUCAUUUCCUAAUGUUAAACAUAUUGUUAUUAAUCAAGCGGAAAUCAAGUUAUGUUAUCAAUUUAACAAAUAUUUUUUGCCUUGGGAAAAUUUAUCGAGUCUUCAAAUCAAAUGUUUGAAUUCAGCUAAAACCAAAGAAGAUGAAAAUAGAAAAUAUAACGAAUGGAAAGAAAAAUUCUUCAAUGAAAUUUUACCUCAACUAACUCGACGCGUUUUCACAUUUUCAGACCAAUUAGAUAAAUCGAAAGACCAUGUUCUCAGUAUAUGGUUUGGACAAACAAGAUGUGAUGAUGAAGAUGACGGAAUUUCAAUUGUUUCAAAGAAAACAAUUUCUUGCUUUCAAUAUAAAAAAUGUGUUUUAUCAUAA